AAAUGAUAUAAAAAGGCAGCUCCGAACCCGAUCCACCCAACUCAACACCCGCACAGUGAUUCACUCUCUCUACUCUCUCUCUACACUCAUCUGCAAUGGCGGCUUCUUCUCUCUUUCGUUACCCCACUCUCUCUCUUCAACCCCAUCACCACGCCGCCGCUCACAAUCCCAGAACACCCCUCCACUUCACCCCCAUCAAAGCCUCUUCCACCGACGUCACUCCCCCCAAGCAACGCCGCCACGCCGACGAGAACAUCCGCCAAGAAGCCCACCGCCGCCACGUCACCAACGAAGGCUUCUCCGCCAAGUACGUCCCUUUUAACGCCGACCCUUCUUCAACCGAGUCCUACUCUCUCGACGAGAUCGUCUACCGGAGCCGCUCCGGCGGCCUUCUCGACGUCGAACAUGAUAUGGAGGCGUUGAAGAAGUUUGAUGGGCAGUAUUGGAAGAAUCUGUUUGAUUCGCGUGUGGGCAAGACGAAUUGGCCUUAUGGCAGUGGGGUUUGGUCCAAGAAAGAGUGGGUCUUGCCGGAGAUCGAUAGCGAUGAUAUCGUCAGUGCUUUCGAGGGGAAUUCUAAUUUGUUUUGGGCGGAGAGAUAUGGGAAGCAGUUUUUGGGGAUGAAUGAUUUGUGGGUGAAGCAUUGUGGGAUUAGUCAUACGGGGAGUUUCAAGGAUUUGGGGAUGACUGUGUUGGUUAGCCAGGUUAAUCGAUUGCGUAAAAUGAAUAGGCCUGUUGUGGGAGUUGGCUGUGCUUCGACGGGGGAUACUUCAGCUGCAUUGUCUGCUUAUUGUGCUGCUGCUGGGAUUCCGUCGAUUGUGUUUUUGCCUGCAAAUAGGAUUAGUAUUGCGCAGUUGGUUCAGCCUAUCGCGAAUGGGGCGUUUGUGUUGAGUCUUGAUACGGAUUUUGAUGGGUGUAUGCAGUUGAUUAGGGAGGUUACUGCUGAGUUGCCGAUCUAUUUGGCCAAUUCGUUGAAUAGUUUGAGGUUGGAAGGGCAGAAGACUGCGGCGAUUGAGAUUUUGCAGCAGUUUGAUUGGCAAGUGCCGGAUUGGGUGAUUGUUCCGGGAGGGAAUUUGGGGAAUAUUUAUGCCUUUUAUAAGGGGUUUCAUAUGUGUAAGGAAUUAGGGUUGGUUGAUCGGAUACCGAGGCUUGUUUGUGCUCAAGCUGCUAAUGCUAAUCCUUUGUAUCUACAUUUCAAAUCUGACUGGAAAGAUUUUAGUGCUGUGAAAGCUAAAACUACUUUUGCCUCCGCGAUUCAGAUUGGUGAUCCGGUUUCUAUUGAUAGAGCUGUUUAUGCUCUUAAAAAGUCGAAUGGGAUUGUGGAGGAAGCUACUGAAGAGGAGUUGAUGGAUGCCAUGGCUCAAGCAGAUUCUACUGGCAUGUUUAUAUGCCCCCAUACUGGAGUCGCGUUGACUGCACUGAUCAAACUCAGAAAUAGUGGAGUUAUCAAGCCCACGGAAAGGACUGUGGUGGUUAGCACUGCUCAUGGAUUGAAGUUCACGCAAUCUAAGAUCGACUAUCACUCUAAAGCCAUACCUGAUAUGGCUUGUCGAUAUGCUAAUCCGCCUGUGAACGUCAAAGCAGAUUUUGGAUCAGUUAUGGAUGUUCUGAAGAAGUAUUUGUUAAGCCAUGACUCCAAAGUUUAAAUUUUUUAUUGAGAGCAUUGUGAGUUCUUGUACUCUUUAUGUUAUCUUUGUCUCUGUUCAGUUAUAGGUUUGGGUAAGCAAGACUCCAUAUGUUAAGAGUUGUAAUGAGUUUUGUUUUGUUACUUUGUUCUUUAAGCAGAUCAAGAGUUGUUUUAUAUACCCCGGAAUAAUCUAUACAAGGCGUGUAGUCUUUGUAAGAGAAA